CAACACUGCCGUCACCGUCACCCAACUCAAUAACCCCGCAAUGGCUCGUCUAGCGACAGGGACGCCCAACCGACUGGCUUAUGUGCGAUAGUCCGUGGUAGUCCGUGGUCAUCUGUGGCUUUUUGAACUUUCGUACCCUCUGCAGAUCGAGGCACGAAGCAACCGUGAUCCCGUCCAAUACCAGCAUCGGUAUGCCUUCGCACGUCGGUCCUGUUAAGCGAACGUACAAGUGACGAGGGCUGGUUGUUUCCCUCUUGCCUGCCAUCACCUAUGUCCUCUUUACAACUCAGAUCUGAGCUGUUUGUGCUUGAUACGCCUCCACGCCAUGGUUUGCCUGGACUUAAGAUGUCCGCCAAACGAUACUCUACCCCCUUUUCAGACCCCCAAGGACUGACACUUCUGUUUGCGCAUGGAGUAGGCGCGCACAAGGAGCAGUGGGAACCGAUGCUUCGUCAUCUGUUCUUCCACCAGAAAUUGGAACAGCCGCACAGUCGUAUACGUGAAGCCUGGUGUUUCGACUGGUUGAACCAUGGAGAUGCCGCUGUAAUUAACAAGGCUGCACUCGAGCGCCGCUCGCCGGGGGAUGUCUCCGUAGCAGAAUGGGCAGUCGCGAUUGCGUCCUUUGUGAGGUCACCGUAUGUUAGGGAACACAGACUGGUUGGCUUUGGACACUCGGCGGGUGCCAGUGCGAUAAUGCUCUCAACACGCGCGUUCCCCUUGCGAAAUCAACCCUUCGUUGCUCUCUUUCUUAUUGAACCUUCGAUGCUUACGCGCGAAUUGUGGAUGUCUCACUUACUAGAAAGGGAGUCAAAAAUGACAAGGAGCGUGAGCGCUGCUCUUCGUCGUUGUCAUGUCUUUGACACUCGGGAAGAGGCAGCCAGUUAUUUUCGAGAACGGAAGCCAUGGAAAGGAUUCCAUUCUGAUGUAUUCGAUGUCUUCAUGCAACACGGUUUUGUCAUACAUAACGGCAGCGUAGGGGACACGAAAGUCGCUCUCAAAUGCGACAUACAUCAUGAAGCGCUUGCUUAUCAGGACAUCGAAAACCAUUUUGAAGCUACAGACCAGUAUACCCGCCUUUGCCGCGCGGUUCCUGUACACAUUGUGUUCGGAAGCAUUCACGAUUACGUUCCAUCUUAUUUCCAAGACUGUAUGACGGACGUCUCCCAGGGGAGAUCUCCAGCUUCUGUGAUAACGGUCCCUGGAGCUGGCCAUAAUAUAGCUCAACAAACUCCCGAAGCCGUUGCGAGCGCAAUAUCUGUAGGCCUGAAUUCAAUUACAAGGGAUUCGGCCGCGCAUCUUCUGCAUCGAUUGUGACAUUCGCGCAUACCAAUGAUAUCAUGUUGG